AGCAGUGCCGAUCACAUCGAGGAGGGACCCCUUUCUCCUCCGCUCCUCGGAUGAUCCGUUUGAAACGAGCAUGGUGCUCCGGGGCGCGCCUGGAAGCGGCGAGCGUCCCGAGCCGUGCGACCCCGGAUGCAGAUGACCAGCGCGGCAGCUCGGCUCGGCAGGACGCCAUGGCCGUCAAGUGGGAGAAACUCUCUCCGGCCGAGUUCCAGCAGCUGCAGGACUACGUCCAGUAUUCAUCAAAGAAGCUUCCAGACGUUCUUGAGGAAUUCAAGGAGAAUGGAGCCCUGUCCAAGUACAACGCCGAAGGGGACAUCGACCUGGAGGGCUUCCAGGCCUUCAUGGACACCUACCUGGAGAUGGACACCCCGCGGGACUUGGUCAAGCACUUGUUCCUCUCGUUCGUCCGCAAGCCGGCCCCGCCGCGCGCGCAGAUCGCCGAUGGAAGACUGCUCAAGUUCCGUCACCUGGUGGCGGGCAAAUUUCAGAAGGACGAAACGCUAGAUGAUAGGAAGACGACGGCCGUGUUGCAUAGGACGCUAACCGGCGGUUCCCUUGACAAGAGCGCCAAGAUGGCAGCCGUGACGUCGACGACUGCGUGCGCGCCCAUAACCUCGCACACUGCGGCGGCUCACAGCGGCUCCCUGCCGGAGUUGGCCAAGCAGGCAGCGCAGGUAGCCGCCGCGCAGGGUGCGCCUGCGACCGGUCAGGAGCCGCAGCUGCAGCCGGCGUCCCGGCGCACCGAGGAUCGGCCGCACCUGCACCUCGGCUUCGCCGAGCGACUGCAUGGCCUCACGGAGAAGCUGCACAGCCACCUGCGAGGAGAGGGCGCCGACUCCAGGGGACGCACAGGAAGUGCUUCUAUCCACCCGGUGGUUACGGUGACACAGAACUACGGCGACUCGACCGACUCCUCACCCAACCAGAGCCAAGUCUCCCGAAACUCUUCCAGAAAGUCAAACAGUUCCCUACUUGUGCACAGCGUGGACUUGAAGCCUCUCCGGAAAACGAGCAGCCACAUCGAUGUUCACACUGUGCGCGUCCCGCUCAAGGACAUCAUCUGCUACCUCUCACUCAUGGAAGCCGGGCGACCCGAGGACAAGCUGGAAUUCAUGUUCAGAUUGUACGACACCGAUGGAAACGGUUAUCUUGACAACAACGAGACAGAGUGCAUAGUGAAUCAAAUGAUGAGCGUCGCCGAAUACCUGGGCUGGGACGUGUCAGAACUGAAGCCGAUUCUACAGGAGAUGAUGGUGGAGAUUGACUACGACGCCGACGGCACUGUGUCGCUCGAAGAAUGGAAGCGCGGCGGCAUGACCACCAUUCCGCUGCUUGUUCUGCUCGGGCUCGAUGCGAACGUCAAAGACGACGGCAACCACGUCUGGCGUCUCAAGCACUUCAACAGACCCGCCUACUGCAAUCUCUGCCUGAACAUGCUUGUCGGACUCGGAAAGAAGGGACUGUGCUGCGUCUUUUGCAGGUACACUGUCCACGAGCGCUGCGUGCAGAGGGCGCCUGCUUCCUGCAUUAACACAUAUGUCAAGUCCAAGAAAAGCUCGCAGGCUCUGGUUCAUCACUGGACGGAAGGAAACUGCACGGGAAAAUGCAGCAAGUGCAAAAAGGCUAUCAAAAGCUACAACGGCAUCACCGGACUGCAUUGUCGCUGGUGCCAAAUGACGCUGCACAACCACUGUGCGCCGCAAGUGAAGCCGGACUGCGGCCUUGGACCACACCGAGACCAUAUCCUGCCGCCAACAUCCAUAUGUCCCGCUGUUUUGGAGAGACAACGAAGCGUCGGCAGUGGCCAGAAAAAACAGCUCUCUAGGUCAGAUUCAAACAAGAUUUCUGACAGCGGCCAAGGCAAUGUGAGUUACGACUGUGUUGGCUCGAGUGCAUUUUUUUUGUGUCAUGGAUUGAUUAAUGUUAAUAUUGCCCUUGUUUCCAUUCAGGUUUCCGCCAUGUCAUUCCAAGUCACACCCCUCUCUGGAACCCAUCCCCUUCUAGUACUCAUCAACCCCAAAAGCGGAGGUCGACAGGGUAUGAGGAUAUUGAGAAAAUUUCAGUACUUGCUGAAUCCUCGACAAGUGUACAAUGUUGCCAAAGGGGGACCAAUUCAAGGGCUUCAAUUUUUUAAAGACAUCACGAACUAUCGGGUCUUAUGUUGUGGAGGCGACGGUACUGUGGGCUGGGUUUUAGACACAAUGGACAAGUUAAACUACGCCCAACUUCCUCCAGUAGGAAUCCUCCCUCUCGGAACAGGGAACGACCUCGCGCGAUGUCUUCGGUGGGGACCAGGUUACGAAAACGAGAGCCUAGAGAAGAUACUGCAGAAGGUCGAGAAGUCCACGACGGUCAUGAUGGAUCGCUGGAAGAUCGACAUCAGUAACACGGCCAAUUCCGACGAGCGUGGAGACCCUAUUCCCUGCAACAUCUUCAACAACUACUUCUCCAUAGGCGUAGAUGCAUCCAUAGCCAUCAAGUUUCAUUUGGAAAGGGAGAAGCACCCAGAGAAGUUCAAUAGCAGGAUGAAGAACAAGAUGUGGUACUUUGAAUUCGCCACGUCGGAGACGUUCUUCGCGACGUGUAAAAACCUUCACGACGACGUCGAUAUCAUGUGCGACGGCGUCUCGCUGGAGCUGUCCAACGGGCCAUCUCUGCAGGGCAUCGCGGUGCUCAACAUACCCAGCAUCUACGGCGGUUCCAACUUGUGGGGAGACAACGCCUCGUCACGGCGCCGCUCACGGUCCAAGCGACGCAAGAAGCACGAGCGGGACAUCUCCACCAACAGCUUCAACUCGAUCGACCUGAGCAGUGCCGUACAAGACAUUGGCGACCGGCUUAUCGAAGUUAUCGGCCUGGAGAGCAGCAUGCACAUGGGUCAAGUCAAGGCUGGGCUCAGAGCUUCCGGCCGGCGACUCGCACAGUGCUCCUCGGUGGUCAUACGGACAAGGAAAAGGUUCCCAAUGCAGAUUGACGGCGAACCUUGGGUACAGCCACCUUGCACGAUACAAAUAACCCACAAGAACCAGAUGCCGAUGCUGAUGGCGCCAGCUCCGACGAACAAGUCCAGGUUCCCUUUCUUCUCCUUCCGGAAGUCGUGAUUAUCGCCUACUUUCGCUUCCCCUUCUUCACCCACGACCUUCUCCGCUGCUCUCGCUCUCAGCACUUGUUCGUCGUUGUUGCUCCUGAAUUUGCCCAGCCCCGCACAUUGGCGUAUCGUGCCGCUGUCGGUUACGGAGACUGCAUUUAGUUUACGCAUAUCUUGUUAACUUAUAUCUUGUACAUAUACUGUAUAGACAUUGCCCAUUUGCUGCUGUUUAACACUAUUGACCAGGGUCGUAGCGACUCUGUAAGUGCACUCGCUGUAUGCUAAUUUUUUUUUGUUUGUUUGUGAACCUGUGAAAAUGUUUUUUAAUGCUUGAUAAAUCUACUUGCUGAGAUUGGUUGCACAUUUGGUGCGCUUUUGUAGACUUUUUUGUGUUAUUCCAGUGACAGAAUGCUUCUCACUUUGCGUUAGAACUGUCUCUGGACAAAAGGCCAGUUCUCUACAGUUUUAAACGCUUCAUGUUGAAUUAUCUGCAAGUAUUAGGUGGCGUCUAAACUUUAAGAAGUUAGAGGCAUCAAACGUUAUUGUAGAUAACCAUUUGUAUUAUCGGCCUUGUUGACAAAGCAGAACGCACGUGUUUACAUAUAUCCUGUUUUUAUUAAGCAAUCUGCAACUUCAUAAUAGCAUGGUGACUCCGCAUGUGUGACAGGUGGUUCCAGGUGGUAUCCUAAAUGGCACCGUAUCCUUUAUCGUUCCUACGCAGUGCGGAGCGCAUUGUCUAGCGCAGUAUUUUUCCAGCAAACAGGUGAUAACCGUCACUUGGGAUAAAACAAGUGUAACACAUUUUCCUCGCUCAGCUAAAGCGCGUCCCAAAGGCCAUCUCCUUCCUGUGCGUAAAGCGUCUGGUGGCCCAUAUCGUGAAUAGUCAUGAACGUACUCCACGGGCCCCUUUCGUGAGAAUCCGCGAAGGCCGGUUCAGCACCGCAAGCCUCCAUUAAACCAUCCGUGACGUUAUCUUCGGUGUGUUUUGGGUGCCACCAAAUGAGAGUACUUGUGUCUACGCGUAACAUAUCUGAAUGUACUGACGAAUGAUUGUGGCUGCGUCAGUGUGCCAUUCACGUGUCCUUAGCGGGCCAGUUUGUGAAUCUCAGCUUUUCUUUGCUCCACUGUUAUAUGGUCAACAUAUGGACGUCAUACCGACCGACCCCCAUAACCCGAUACAUUUCACAUACUAUAAAUUUGUUCAUCACAUGCAAACGAAAAAAAUAGAGAAAGUUUGGGUGCACUAAUAGCACUGAAAACAAUGACUCCAAGUAAUCUUAACUAAAUUAACAUCGAUAAUCGUCAUGAAUAGACAGUCGCUUUCAUGAGCCCCUUGGUAGAAAGAAAUAUUUCCGCUUCGGUGGUUAGAUUCUAUGUAAAGCAUCGAUUCUCGUAGUUUGUUCAUCUUAAUGUAAACACAACCUUUGAUGUUUAAAACGCAAGGCUUUCGAGAGCUGUUUUUUAUAUAUAUUGUGCCUUAGUGGAAGUGCGUACAAAUCUUUUCAAACAACUCUUUCUUUGUGUUUCCAAGCUCUAAGUGCUCAUGUGAGCGUUCGUAAUCCAGAAUCGUCUGUUUACCUGUUCGCUCUUAAUUAGCCGAUCAGUCUUUAUAGGCGCCUGCAGCACCCUUCAUUUCUUAAUGUUUUUUUUAAUGUCUGCAGCGCCAACAAAACAUUUUUACCAAGCAUUUUCCGAAUAUUUAACUUAAGGGGCAAGUACAAUAUUUGGUGCUCAGUUUCAGUCUGCUGCUGACACAAGAAGCCGUCCUAGUUAUCUAAGGAUUGAGGUACGCCGUCGACAUUCACGAGAUACUCAUUUCUUCUAUAUAGCCUUUGUUUCGCCUUACGCAGAAGUAGCAUGCUAUUGGUGGACUUCUUCUCAGUAGAAAGGUCAGCUCAUAAUCUUGCAGACGAUUCCAUUGGCGACAUCACUGUUGGAGAGAAGUAACAAGGAACGAAAGCUGACAUUCACAAAGAACUGUGCUGCAGGAAAUGCAUUGGAAGUGUAACUGACGACCGCAACGUACAAGCGGGAAUUUUUCGCAACGUUCUCUUUGGCUUCAGCAGCUUCGCACGCCCACGUGGCUCGCACUCGUCACUGUACAUACACCACGGAACAUUUCUGGCGUGACAGUUGUACAUCUUAUAUAAGUAAUUCUAGCUACACCAAGUGCAUAAUCUAUUGACCACAUUUUGCUCGGGGGCGAAUGUUAGAGGUCAGCCAGCCCCGAAAACCUCACCGUGGUCUCCAACGACCAGCUUAAUCGCUUUAUUACUGCGUCGCCACGCCUCACUUCAUUUUUUGUUACUCUUGCUUCGCACUGUAUUCUUGUAAAUGCAAACUUCCUGCGCCCAGGAACGCGGGACAUCGCAGAUGAUCGGUUAACCAAUAUCAACGUGUUGGAACAUGAACCUUAACUGGAGGAGAGACAAACUGUCUGAUGUUGAGUUUCAGACGACCCAUCCUUGCGUGAUCUCACGACGUAUAGCUUAUGGCAAACAUGCUUACGUAUCACCUGGUUAACUUCGAUAAGCGGCGGUUUCGGUGGCUGCGUCUCAAUAAUGGUCGUAUGAUCUGCAUUUCAGUCCUAUAGGCAGCAGACAGGCCAUGGCACUGGAUACAUCAUGUGGUAUCAUUGUCGUACAGCCGAGGCUCUCGUGGCAUCCCUGAUACUUUUCUAAAGGUGAGCCCAUUAAAGGCCGUCACUACACUUGAGCGUAUCUUGCGGAACAUGACAACAUAGUGUCAGCUGCGUUUUGUGGACUUCCAUCUUGACACCGUGGUUUGUGAGGCCUUGUUUCAAUUUCUGCGCCACCGCAAGUUUUUGUGAGCAAGUUCCGUAAAAAAAAAAAAAAAACUGAAGAACCAGCAGAAGCCGUAACAUUAGUUUGAGCCAUAUUGCCACACGAACACAAAUCUAGAGUGGCACCCACAAACAUGCAUGCUGCUACCAUAGUGCCACAAGGUGUCAACUAAGUCAUAGCGUUGAUAGCCGUAUGAAUAAGCGCUUGUAGAUUCUCUGAACGGCGAGACAGGACAACAACUGCCUUGUAUUUAUUUUUUAUCUUAUUUUGGGACGUCUUUAAGCUCUAAUAUGCGAUGUCCCGCUCCCUGCUACAGCAACCUAGUCAUCUGGUUCUGGGAAGGUUGUCGCGCUUCAAUACUUGAUGCUCCGCAAAAAAUCCAGCUGAGGUGCGCAGUUGAUGGUGAAUGGGGGCAUAUGGUGUUUUAAUGAAGGUGUUGCUAACUUAUUUACAUACGAAGUGUUGUUCAUGCACAUGUUACAAAAAAAGUGUUUGUACAUAUAUAUAGCGUUUGUAUCAUGUAUUAUAUCUAUUUGUCUUGCUUAAAGCGGUAGUGAUGACUGAUCACACGAUGAAACAUAAAGCAGCGAUGAUACACAACAGGUCAUAUCAUGUACGUAGGAAAAUAUAAAUAUAUAUAGUUUCCCAUAAGCCCAUCACUUUCACGUUGUGUGGAGGAGCGCGGUGUUUACGCCUCCGAGCUGUAACAAUGCGCAUCUUUUUUGUAUUGUUGUUCUUAAUGCAUUGAUUUCAAUUGUGUUCAUACAAUGAACGGCUUGCUUCAAUAUUAUCACAAGUAAGAUAAGCAACAUUGUCUACUUACAUGAUUGUCAACAUGUAGCCAACCGUGAUUCCUGCAAGUGUAAAGCUGACGUUAAUGUUCAUAGAGGGCCAAACUGAGGUACAUGUUUGCUUGGGACCUCUUUCUACGACGACUGCAGAAAAGCCCGUAUCUCUAGUACAGAGGUGCCCUCCAAGAUUUUAUGUAACUGUAUGAAGUACAGCUGGUCGUUUACUGUUUGUAUAAUGCAGUAGCCUUCAGAAAAUACAGCAGCUAUUUAUUUCACGUGACGUGCAUUUUGCUCGAGAGACUGUGUCUCACUCACGCGCAACACCCACGUAAGUUGGUACAAAUAUCCUCCGCUCGCGUGUUAUCUCCUUCUCGUGUCGUUCUUUUUUUCUUAACUUGAACAACUCGUGCUAUGAUUUCGCAUGCUGUUGGCGCAGCAUAGUAUUCACUGUAUAUGAUUCCGCAGCUGGCCCCCCUUGAUGUGUAAAGACGUGACGUGUUUCGUUCAGAGCCACACCUCUACGAGGCGGGCGAACCGGGCUAAACUGAGAACGCUUUUUUCUAACCGCGCGAGAUUCUCUCAUUCCUGCUUCCCUUUACACUAUUCGAAUCCGACAGCUUUGCGAACUUACUUCACAUCUCCUUAUAAUCUUCAAACGAAAUCGACACCUAGGUCAACAACGGAGUAAUAUUAAUCACGCUGUGUUUCUUGCAAAACUCGUCGCAUUGCGACUAACAACGUCAGUGUUCAAGGUCGUUACGUUUUGUCAUCUCCGCGACAACUUAAGCGCGCCGUAACAGCGGGGUCAGGGCUCUGACGACUCGUUUGAGCAGAUGCGAAGGUUCACUCUCGAAGAGGAACCCAGGCUUCACGGACACACAAUGAAAAAGCGCAGAGGAGGCGCAGCGCUUUCCGUUUGAGCUGCGAUGAAUCGCGCCAAAUUUUUAAAGAAAUUCACAGGUAUUACUUGAACAGGUAUACGAACGCUCGGUUCGCCCCGUCAUCGUGGUGCAACUUGUAGACAGUCUCAGUAUCGUUUUAAUUUAGUUUUCUUUUAUAUAUCUCUGCAUUCGUGUCUAGUGUCAUGUACAUACAUAUACAUAGACAAGCAAUGCACUUCGAACAUUGUGUGCACCAAUUCACGGGCCCCUAUGGCUUCAUGCAUAAACGUAAAUGUAUUAUCGAUUUCUGUCGUCCCGAUUGUUAGUGGUACACAUAUAUAUAGAUAUAUAUCGAUGACGAAAAAACAAGUUGCGCUACUUUGAUCAUACCUGCCGUAGUGGUAUUCUGUACACAGUACUGUGUAUGACGUUCAUGUCACGUGCGAGAGUGUGUCGUCUGUCUGCAUACGUUUACCGCUCGUGAGACCCCGUAGUUGGCCGUCAGUGUAUUUCGACGCGCUGUCUUCCUGGCAAACGGCUCUCUCUUGCGUGCGUGUCCGUAUCCGCCCUGUAGGAAAAACCAUCCCGGUGACUCCACUCACGUGGUAUACCAACCUUGUCCCAACCCAAGAAUCAGUGGAAACGGUAUUUCGACCUGAAUAUUGCGAAUCGGUUCCACGGAAUGCCACAGUAUGCGGCAUUCAUCUGUUUGCGACACAAAGUUGCGAGGCGAUGGAGUUCAUACGGACUCCUCGGAAAAAGUUUCUUAUCGGCUUAGCCUGAUCGGUAGAGCUGCCAACCCGAAAAGGCCUUGGUCGCUGGCUUGAAUUUCAUGAGUGGGCUAUUUUUUCUGAGAACUAAGCGUCUUUCUUUCUGAGAAAUCGGGCCAAAUGUUCUUUUCUCUACGGGCCGCAAAUUGGCGGAUAUCAAGUCUCCUUUUCUAUAUUGCAACCUUUACAGACGCUAUUUGCGCCCCUUAAGUCGUGUCGUUUCGCCGAGUGUUCCAUUAUCGGUAAUUCCAGAACACGUGUGCACAUACUAAAUGUUUCUUACCUUAUUUUCACUCGCGAGUUAACGUCUCGUUAUUGUUGCAAGAACGGCACUCAUUUCCGUAAUUCAGCAAGCCGGCUGCACUACAGAUACUGCACCAGUUCUAGAAUAACCUUCAUUAUCGCGCGCUAUACCUCGUGGCAUGUAACCUGUUUGUACCGCUUCAGCGUAGCCUAGAGAACAGUACGUGCCAAAUUGAGGUCCACGGCAUCAUCUUCCCUUCCUCGUUGCAAUUUUUUUGUUCAGUCCGCAACAUCUCGGAAAAAAAAAAACUUGUAGCCAGAGUCGUUCAAAAAAAUAAUUCGCUUAGCAACGGAAAUACAACACUUAAAGAAGGACAACCCCCCCCUCCCCUCCUUGUUUCUAGUGACGUACUGUGUCGCGAAAAUGAAAAACGACUCUAAUUUGCCAGGGCGCCUUUUGGCUGAAAUGCAGCCCAACCCGUUCACAUGUUACUACGCCCUUUGACCUGCUACAUCAGGAACUGUUCUCCUUCCUAUGCGUGUCGCAUUGUAAAAGCUUGCAGAAUUUAUGCCGCAUUUCCACGCACCGCCUUACCUAUAGAACAUCCUCCCUCCCUUCCUAAAUAGUUACUUUAUAAGCCGUUAGUAUGUGUACUUCUCAGACAAGUGCAUUAGGCUCAAUGUUUCUUCGUAAGUGCAACGUAUCUGCUUGAUCCUGAGCACAGUUGCUGUCGGGAGAAAGUGAGACUGUUCUUUUAGAUAGCCGCUGUUCAGGUGAACUUGUAAGAACCUGCCUGUAGUCAGUUUAACAAUUGUACCUAUUCCCUAUACAUGCUACUACCUACUUCUUUACGGGGCCUCCUUUCGCAGCGCUACUGUGCGUCGAAAUAUCUUUCCCCAUCGUUCCCCGCAUGGAGUGUUGUAUAAGGACGCAUUAUUAUUAGUAUGUAUUAUUUUUCCACUAUGUAGCGGAAACAUGUUGUUAUAUUCCUUCGCGAUAACUAAAUAUGUAUCCGCGUGAGAUAACUGUAUAUAAUAAAUGAUAUAUGAGAUGUUCUACAUUUCACCUAUUUAUUUAUUGAUGAUCUGAAUAAAAGUGCAUGUUACCACGAAA